UAUGAGCACACAGCAGCAGGGAGGGGCUGGACUAUAAAGAUCUGUCUCACUUAUUCCCAAACUCUGAACAUUCUUGUCUCUCCUCUGCCAACACUCGUCCCAGCUCUGCACGACCAAACACACCUGAACAACCAUGCCUUCAGAGCUAGAGUCAGCCAUGGAGUCCCUCAUCAAGGUGUUCCACAAAUACGCCUCUAAGGAAGGUCAGAAAGCCACACUGAGCCGGCGAGAGCUCCGAGAGCUGAUGGAGUCUGAGCUGUCAAACUUUCUUAUGUCUCAGAAGGACCCUGCUGCUGUGGACAAAAUCAUGAAGGACCUUGACACCAACGGCGAUGGCCAGGUGGACUUUGAGGAGUUUGUUUCUCUGGUUGUUGGACUGUCCAUUGCCUGUGAGCAGUGCUACCAGAUGCACAUGAAGAAGAUGGCAAAACAGUGAAAAAGACAACAGCAGGAGGCCGAAUAGGAAAGCCACAAAGCAUUUAAAUUUUUGUAAAAAAUUGAAUCAUUUCAACCAUUAAAUGGACUGUAGAAUUUCAAAA